GCCGAGCAGCCGCUAGUCCUCCUCUCUGUCUGUAUCGAUGAAGUUGUUUCAAAGAUGGCGGAUUUCCUGCCGUCCCGCUCCCUUUUAUCUGUAUGUUUCCCCAACUGUCUCCUCACGAGCGGCGAGGUAGAGCAGCUGCGGAAGUCUAAGGAGAUAGAUAAGUGUAUUUAUCGAGAUAAGACCUAUGUAAAACGGCUGGUGAAGAUCCUACUACUCGGAGCGGGCGAGAGCGGCAAGUCCACUUUCCUCAAGCAGAUGCGCAUUAUCCAUGGGAAGGACUUCGAUCAGAAGGCCAAGGAGGAGUUCAGAGCCACGAUUUAUAGUAAUGUUAUUAAAGGUAUCCGAGUGUUGGUGGAUGCUAGAGAGAAGCUACACAUCCCAUGGGGUAACCCAUCUAACCGGAGGCACGGUGACACCAUGAUGGCGUUUGACACCCGGUCAGCGAUGUCUCACGGCCACGGCAUGGUGGAGCCCAAAAUUUUUCAGCACUACUUGCCAUCCAUCUGCGCCCUGUGGGCCGACCAGGGCAUCCAGAAUGCCUAUGACCGCCGCAGGGAGUUCCAGCUGGGGGAGUCCGUCAAGUAUUUCCUGGACAAUUUGGAAAAGCUCGCACAGUCGGACUACCUCCCUAGCCAGCAGGACAUCCUCCUGGCCAGAAAACCCACCAAGGGCAUCCACGAGUACGACUUUGAGAUCAAGAACGUGCCCUUCAAGAUGGUGGACGUGGGUGGUCAACGCUCUGAGAGGCGGCGCUGGUUUGAAUGCUUUGACUCGGUCACUUCCAUCCUCUUCCUUGUCUCCUCCUCAGAAUAUGAUCAGGUGCUGAUGGAGGACCGACAGACCAACCGGCUGAGCGAGUCCCUCAACAUUUUUGAGACCAUCGUCAACAACCGAGUUUUCAGCAACGUCUCCAUCAUCCUGUUCCUGAACAAGACAGACCUGCUGGAGGAGAAGGUGAAGCAGGUGUCCAUCAAAGACUACUUCCGCGAGUUCUCGGGCGACCCCACAAGCCUGGCAGACGUCCAGCGCUUCCUGGUGGAAUGCUUUCGCAAAAAACGCCGCGAGCAGCUGCAAAAGCCGCUCUACCACCACUUCACCACGGCCAUCAACACUGAGAAUAUCCGUCUGGUGUUCCGUGACGUCAAGGACACCAUCCUUCACGACAACCUCAAGCAGCUGAUGCUGCAGUGAGGGGACUGACCAGGAGGAGGGAGGGAGGGAGGGGUGGAGGCAAAUGAAGAGUGGAAGUCAAGGUGCCUUUUUCCUUACCCUCCCCCCACCGCCGGCCUGUUAACGGACCAGGCAGUGUCACUUUUGAACUUUGACUGUGUAUUAAAGCCACCACUACUACCGCCAUUCCCCCCAUCCACCCCCCACGCUUGCUCUCUGCCUUACUGAGCUUGUUCACUGUGACUUAUAAUGGCUGCUUUUGACUCAGAGCUGCGACCACCCUCUGACCCUUAAAACCACUGUAAAUGACCUCUGCCCCCUGGACUUUGCUGACACCUUGUCAUAUCCUCCCUGUAUGUUUUGCUCUGAUUAACAUCCUUACACUGUCCCUUUAUUCGCUGCUGCUCUGACCACUGUUGAUGGGGAUUGGGUGGGGCUUGUUUGAAAUUGGCGUCGCUGAGUAGCGGUUAAAGCCAUCUGGGGGCGACGCCGAUGUCAGCAGCUCUGUUGCCAGAUGUCGCCUUCCUUUUGCAAAACAGCCCUUUUGUUUUGUUGGGUUUACAUCUGCUUUCCACCGGAGCUUAAUGAUGACAUCACCAGGGCGGGUGGGGUUUUCUUCUGAGAGCAGUGGAACAGGAAAGAACAGAACACACACACACACACACACACACACACACACACAGAUAGGAAGUCCACUAGUUUUCUAAUCCUUUACUUUCUUUUUCUAGUCUAUGAAUAUACUGUAUGUACCUAUGCAUUUUCCUUUAACUUAUAUUUGAUUAGGGUUUCCACAUUGUGGAUGGGUGCCUGCUGGUGGACUCUGUGGUCUCAGCUUGGGGGUUGAGAGAGCACAAACAAACACAUAUAGACCACUUGUAAAAUAAACCACCGUGCCAUCAGGCUAGAUAGGGUUCAUCAUGACGCAUCGUAUUUAAGUUUUUCUCAGGGCACAUUGUGAACCACUCGUCUGUGAUAUGAAGCCAGAGCUCUCCUGCCUCUGCCCCUCCACAAGUCAACUAUUACAGGGUCUUUUCACUGUAUAUCAGCAGAAAAGACUGGUCCAAGAAACUGUGGCCAUCUUCAACCUGGAACACAUUUUACCAUCAGGCUCUGGACUGUAAGACGCCGGUGACCCACUUUCCUCCUGGUAUUAACUUGUGAUCUGUACGUGGCUGACCAUACACAUUUUGCUACCCACAUUCCUGUGAUUUCUCUUUGAUAAUUUGUUAAGAAUUUUCAACCAAAGAUGUCAACAUUUUAGGGUUUAAAAUGUGGGGACUUGUGUGUCCUAAUUUAAUUUAGUGAACUGAAUAUUCUUUGUAUGAAGAAAACAAGACAUGUGAUGACAUCAGCUUUCAUUAAUCGAUAAUGAUGAUAAUCAAUAUUUUCCAGUUGCUAAUUAGAGCAUCACCCAGCAUAACCUGGGUUAGAGAAUCUAGGAAAGUAGAGUGGCAGCAUUUCUAAAUCUAUUCGUCAUACACGUAACAUAAACAGAUCUCAUGCUAAUACCAGGGUUACACUGCGUCUGUGCUUUCAUUGGAAAAUUCUUUUUUUCCUCUUUGGGGUAAAUGAUGCACAAGAUAGCAUAAACAUCAAGCAUAAUGUAGUUUGAAUGUUGGAGCUGUUGAGUUGCUUUGACCAUUUAGUGAAUGGUUUCUCCAUGGGUGGUGACGGAGGAUGUGAUUGAGGUUGAAAAUGGUCAUAUUUAUUCUGCAGCUCUGUGGAAUCUCACCUCCAAGCCUGCAGUUCUUAUCUCUCCACUUUAUCUUACCACCUUGAGCGUAUAAUACAAGAAGUGAGGAGGCGGCUCGACCUCUGUUUUGCUGGCUCAGAAGGUACCUGUAGAUCCUGUCUGUCUUUCCCCUUCACACAUCCUGACCUAAAAAGAAAAGGGAUAAAACCAGCCCGUAUGUUUCUGGCUGCUCUCACUGUAGUAUACAGGUUAUGUAAAGUUCACAUUGUCCUCUUAGCUAAUUUUCUAAUGUCUAAUUCGCUGUAAUGCAUCUCUCACACCAACCUCACUCUCAUUUGGAAGAGUUGAUGUAACCCCUCCACAUAGAUGUCUAAGUAUGAGUGUUUUUGUUUUUUUUAUUUACGGAUGGUGUUUAUUUAAAACUAAAACAGACAUCUGGUGGCUCGUGUUAAUGCCCCAUUAAUCUGGCUCCUCCGGUUGUGUCGAGAGCAUGAACACCUCCAGGUAGCUGGUUCCACUGGUUCAUGCUAACACUUCAGCACGAGUUAAUGGAGGAUAAUAAGGUGUUACACAAGCCUCUAAUGUCGUGAAGUUGGCCUGUGGUUGAGCUGUUGCGUCUCCCCCUUCAACAGAAAUGUUUUUAUUGAUUAAGGUCACAGUCUUGUGUUUCUGUGGAAACCACGUCGUUCCAUAUGAACCAGCACAGCUACGUCGCUAUUCUUUACUCUUGAUAGCUGUAGAUACAAAUGGCAGCUAAUCACUGAAAAGACUGAAUGACGCCCUGUUUUUCCUGUAACAUGCCCCUGUGACCCCACAGACACGGACAUUCCCACCUCCUCUGGCAGGUGGUUGCUCAUGGUAUCUUACCCCGUGUCUACACUGGAUGUGUCUCGGCCCCCUUUAGUCUUCUGUCUCAGUUUGAUUUUGCACAGGGUCGUAACAGCUCGAGUUUGACUCGUUUAACUUGUGGAGCAUAGUGAGCCUUUAAGAGGACGUGAGGCAAAACCAGUUUGUUGAGCUGCACCAACAUGAAACAAGGUUUUAUUCAUGUCUUUUUAGUGGCUGAGUUAUGACCCAACUACUGUCGAUUACAUGCCCUUGAUUGUUUUUCAAAUUCUAACCAUAAUCAAGAGUUUAACUCUGAUAUAUGAAUUCAACAUGGCCAUCGGGGAGUGUACAUAAUGCUUGGCUCUGUAGUUAUGUUUCUGUAACUCAAGGAAAGUGGAUUUAGUGUUUUAAAGACCCAAGCAACCAGUGUAGCUGCACAUUUUACCUUUUUGUUUUUUAAAUAUACUUCCACAGUCGUUAACCCAUGUCUACAUACUCUGAACAUGUAUCAGCCAAAAAUCUCAUUUGGUUUUUAUGCCUCUGCGCCGGCAACAGGCAGUAGAGACAUCAUGUUUUUGGGUUAAACAUCCGUCCCAUUAUUUGCGAAUGCAAUAUCUCAACAAAGCCUGGAGGGAAUGUUUUCCAAUUUGUACGAACGUUCACCUGGACUCAAGGAUGACAUGAUUAUAUUUUGGUGGUCAAAGGUCACAGUUAUAUUUAAACAAUUCUGGAAGAAAAAUAGCGUAGAUGGUAACUGCACUGUGCGGUAUUUCUCGUUUUUAUAGCAUCAAAUAAUGAAUUCAAACCAAACUUAUCAGAAACAGUAAUAAAAUGUAUGAUAAGAACUCCCUUAAAUAACAGAAACCAUCUUUUAUUUUACAUUUACUUUGUCUUAGUUUGAUCCAUGUCCCGUCUGCUAACAUGGUGGAAGCAGGGUUUAUCACCGCGCUUAAGGGAGCUGUCAUGUCUUCCAUCAAUAGUCAUUGGAUUACACAGUUGAAAUGUGUAUUUAGAUUUUGAUACUGUGUAAAAAUGAAUGGAAGCCAAUAGGAAUUGUAGUCUAAUUUGUAAUUUAGUCUCAGACAACAAAUGGCAUCAACAGGCAUCAAGGAGCAUGUGUCAAAUCUACCAAAUCUAACAUCAACAGUUGCUGCUUCAGCAGUUUGUAGAAGCAGCUGACGUCACAGAUGAUUGGUCUUCUCUUCUUUGGGUCACAUGUUUCAGAUUUAUUUCUGUUUAAAGCACAUUCAUCGUUUGUUUCUCUUUUCUCCUCACACUCUCACAAUUUAGCUUGGAGUUAACAAUUGCCUUAAUCAGUGACAUGGAGGGUCAACAAGGUGCCUGUUGCCACUCAGCAUGUGUGCUAGCAUAUAGCAAGUCACGUGGCUGAUUUAAACCGUGUUCCCAACUUAAACAGAGGACGUUGACCAACAGAACUGGCUACCAAAACUCAGUGAAUUCCCCAAGCUUUGCAGUGCCAGUCAGCAUGGUUCUCCCUCCGUCAGCCUGUCUGCGACCGGGUGAAACAGCUUCUGUGUGUGUGUCACAAACACACUGUCUCCUGUCUGCUGCUUCUCGGACAGCAGAAAGCUCGAACCCAGCAGAGGCCUCUUUGUCUGGAUUCAGACCGCUGUGUCAUGUCAUCACUUAAGGACAGAAGAAAGCCUGUAGUGACACACACACUCACUCACACACACUCACACAUGCAAGUCUUUCUAUAGUUGUGAGGACACUCGUUGAAAUAAUUGGCAUUCCCUAGCUCCUUACCCUAACCUUAACUAUCACAACUAAAUGCCUAACCCUAAUUCUAACUCUAAGCUUAAAACCAAGUCUUGAAUUUGUGACGACAGUCCAAAAUGUCCUCACAAUGAUGGUAUUGAAACAAAAUUGGUCCUGUUAACUACAGACAGACAUGCGUGAACACACUCACACACACACACACACAC